CUGCAUGUGUGUGUAGAGAGGUUAGAAAAGGAGAGGGCAUAAACACACACACACACAUUUGCGGCAGAUGUAACAAAAAAAAAAGUCGAAUCAGCCAAGAGUGAAGGUUUUUGGAAGGAGAGAAGCCAGGGGAGAGUGGUUUCUUGUUCCUUGUUCUGAAACAGAUUCUGUAGGUGUUCAUUUGCUCAGUUCUGCUCGCAUCAUGUCGCUGCUGACUCACGUGCUGGCGUGCCUGUUUGGAAUGGGCUCCUGGGUGGCCAUCAAUGGGAUGUGGGUGGAGCUCCCCUUGAUCGUAAAUGAUAUCCCAGAGCGCUGGUUGCUGCCCUCCUACCUCACAGUUCUCAUCCAAAUGGCCAACAUAGGCCCUCUCUUCAUCACGCUGAUGCACCGCUUCCGCCCAGGGGUGCUCGAUGAGCGGCCAGUCAUCUACGGCAUUGUAGGGUUGGGCAUCGUUGCUACAUUCCUUCUGGCUUUCCUUUGGAAGCACACAGUGACCGUCGGAGGCUCUUUGCAUAGUGUUCCACUGCUGACAUUAAGUUUCCUGCUAUCUGUGGUGGACUGCACCUCAUCUGUUACCUUUCUUCCUUUCAUGAUGCGGCUGCGUCCACAAUAUCUCACAACGUAUUUUGCAGGUGAGGGCCUCAGUGGUCUUGUGCCUGCAGUGGUGGCACUUAUUCAAGGCGUUGGUGUAGUUCACUGUGAAAAUGCCACUUUAUCUAAUAAUUCCAACACAACUGACAAUGGAAUGCUACAGGCCAUCUACCAGCCUGCUAAAUUCUCUGCGCAGGUCUUCUUCAUAUUCCUUAGUGUAAUGAUGGUCGUGUGUCUGGUCGCUUUCCUCCUACUCAAUCACCACCCGGCUGUGGCUCGUGAGAGAAAAAGCGAACGGUACUUCAGUGGGGAACUUGACCGUGAAAAGAAAGAACAAGGCCUAUCUCUGAAUGCCCAGACACCAGAGCAAAAGCCCAUGAUCAACCCCUCGGAGGCUGGCAAGAGGGAACUUAGGAGUUCUUUCGGGAGGGGGACAUAUAGUAUCUUUGAGGUGGUGUUUAUCUUUGUAGUGUUGGCUUGGGUCAAUGCUCUGACCAAUGCAGUGCUGCCUUCAGUGCAGUCCUACUCAUGCAUGCCUUAUGGGAACAAGGCUUACCAUCUAGCUGCCACCAUGGGAGCUGUUGCUAACCCUGUGGCUUGCUUCAUCGCCAUGUUCAUACCAAUAAGGUCUCUUGUCUUCAUGGGAGUUUUGACCAGUUUUGGGACUGGAUUUGGAGCCUACAUUAUGGGCAUGGCUGUUCUAAGUCCCUGUCCUUUGCUGGUCCACAGUACCUCUGGAACUGUAGUCAUAGUGCUGGCCUGGAUACUCUUUGUCCUCUCCCUGUCUUAUGUCAAAGUCAUCAUUGGGGUGAUCCUGAGGGAUGAAGGCCACAGUGCCCUCGUGUGGUGUGGAGCUGUAGUGCAGCUGGGUUCAAUGCUCGGUGCUCUAACCAUGUUCCCACUUGUUGGUUUCUAUCAGCUUUUUGAGUCGGGUGAUGCUUGCAACACUAAGUGUCCAACAUAGAUGUAAAAGGUGUCUAAGUUCAACUCUGCUGUACAGAACUCUAGUAUUAAUUGCACUUGUUUUAGUAGAACUGCACUUAUUCCAACUUGUUGUAAGAGAGCUGGCAAGUUAUAGGUGAAAAUCCACCACAGUGUCACUCCGUGUUUUUACCUAAGUUGUGUUUGUAAAUGUCAUAUACUUUAUCAGUAGUUAAUGAUGUAUGAAGUACACAUACACCCAGUGCUUAACAAAUGUAUUAGACCACCUCUCAUAAAAACAAGUAAACACAAAUAAUUUCACAAAGUUUGAAUUCAGAGUUUUAUACCCAAAUCUGAACAGGCACACUGGACCUUAUCAGUGAUGUCAGAAUCAAGCACAACAUUCAAGCACUAAAACAAACUUUUCUGUUCAGUAAUACAAGUAAAUGAGUAUAAUUUCUCAUGUUAAUUUUGAAAAAUAAUUUAAAAAUGAGCUUUAUUUUUAUUUAUUUAUUUAUUUUUUGUGAAACACAAAAUUUGAAAAGUCUACUUGCAAAAAUUGAUGCAAUCUCUUUAAUUCAUUACAGAAACAUAAAAUAAUGAUUUUGGUAGUUGCCAGUAUUAUUAAUAUAGAGCUGCUGUGGCACAAACCUUACAUUGGAUGGUGAUCUAAUAAAUUUGUUAAGCACUAUAUCCAUCUAUAGUGUCUCAGACUACAAAAAGACCAAACUAAAUAGUGUUCUGCUAUUAAAUAUAUUACAAAACCUUGUCAGUUCAAAGGUCAAAGCUAUUUUACUUGAAGUUUGAACAUCAUGUUAGAUGAUAAUGUUCAACGUAUACUUUCUUGAUUUUGCUUUAUAAGAAGUUAUGGUACUGUUGCCUUUAAAAUGUGCCUUAAUUCUAUAAAAUGACCUGGGCAUUUUGGGGGGUAGACUACUGUGUUGUUUAAAUAAAACUACAAUGUGCUUUGUAUAUGUUACUGAAGUGGAGAAACUGUUGAACAAUACCAAAUAAAACAUUUGUUUAAUUACUGCCUAAAAAA